AGAAAUCCAAACCGACCUCCAGAAGUAUAUAUAUACAUAUAUAUAUAUGUAUAUAUGUAUGUAUAUUCGUAAAGCAGUUGAAGAAAACAAAAGCUUAUGCGAGUCUGAGGGAGUAAUCGCCGGGAUUUCGCGUUGAUUUGACUCCGAUCGGCAGUUUUGAACAGGACGAAGUUAUAAUAAAGACGGCGUGGUAAAUGUGAUUUGGCUGCUCCUGAGGGGAGUUGGAGAGAAAUGGAUCUAUCAACGAUCGCAGGUAGCCCAGUCAUGGACAUGCCGAUCAUGCACGACAGUGAUCGGUACGAUUUUGUCCGAGAUAUCGGUUCUGGAAACUUCGGUGUCGCUAGGUUAAUGAGGGAUAAACAAACGAAAGAGCUGGUGGCUGUUAAAUACAUCGAGCGAGGCGAUAAGAUAGAUGAAAAUGUCCAGAGGGAGAUCAUAAAUCAUAGAUCUUUGAGGCAUCCAAACAUUGUGAGGUUUAAAGAGGUCAUAUUGACGCCAACACAUCUGGCCAUUGUAAUGGAGUAUGCAGCAGGAGGAGAGCUUUUUGAACGAAUUUGUAAUGCAGGGAGAUUCAGUGAGGAUGAGGCUCGCUUCUUCUUUCAGCAGCUGAUAUCUGGUGUCAGCUACUGUCAUGCAAUGAAAGUAUGUCAUCGAGAUUUAAAGUUGGAAAACACAUUGUUGGAUGGAAAUCCUACUCCUCGUUUGAAGAUAUGUGACUUUGGAUACUCCAAGUCUUCUUUAUUGCAUUCACAACCAAAGUCAACUGUGGGGACACCAGCAUAUAUUGCUCCAGAAGUGUUACUUAGGCAAGAAUAUGAUGGUGAGAUUGCAGACGUUUGGUCAUGUGGGGUGACAUUGUAUGUCAUGCUGGUUGGGGCAUAUCCAUUUGAGGACCCUGAUCUGCCAAAGGAUUUCCGCAAGACAAUACAAAGAAUUCUGCAUGUCCAAUAUGCAGUGCCUGAUAACAUUCAAAUCUCGCCUAUGUGUUGCCACCUGAUAUCAAGGAUCUUUGUGGCAGAUCCUAAACAGAGGAUAAGUAUUGCGGAGAUUAAGAAUCAUGAGUGGUUCCUGAUGAACCUCCCGGCUGACCUUAUGGAUGAGAAUAUGACGAGCAGGGAAUAUCAAGAGCCUGAUCAACCAAUGCAGAGCCCGGAGACUAUAAUGCAAAUAAUAACUGAAGCUACGGUUCCACCGCCCGGGCUUUAUAACUUGGACACGGAUGAGGACAUGGACGACAUGGACUCAGAUCCCGAGCUUGACAUCGACAGUAGUGGGGAGGUCAUCUACGCAUGAUCAUCACAAGUUACAAUUUUUAUGCCAUCAUGCAUCAAGAGAAUGGUAUGAAUCAUCAUCUUCUACAGCAGGAAAAUAUGAAGAGCAUUUGAAUUUGAUUUAUGCUUCUUUUUAAUUUGCCACUGCGCGCCUCUGUUGUUGUUUGGCUGUUCUCAUCUUUUCCUUUUAAAUAUAUUAUUGAAUUUCCACGUUACAUGACAACAAAAAUCGGGUGUGUAAUGAUUAUACAGUGUUGUUCUUUAUUGUCA